UUUUUCGGUCGAACAUGGGGACUAGACUGAGACCAACAAAAAUAAAAAAAUGUAAAGGGGAAUAAAGCAAGAGAGAGAGAGAAAUGUAACAUAUGGAGAAGUCUGCAAUAGACAGGACCCCAAGUUUAAUUAUCCUUCUUCAGUGGGUUUUAUGACACUGAGAGAGCUGUUUUGGACUAUAGUAAGAACUAGCUUCCUCUCCAUCACUGUAUAUAUAUAUCUCUGUAGGCUGCGCGAUCAGUCAAGAACCAGACAGAGAAAGAGAGAGCUAAUUUAUAAAAGCAGAGGAGGGGAAGGAGGAAGGAGGAGGGGCCUCACAAGCCUUUACACGUGAUAAAGAAAACACCAAAAGCACUUGCAUGCGUGUAUAAAGAUUCAUCUUCAUCAUCACCUCUCUCUGUUCUAGCGAAGAAAAUGGUCUAAAAUCUCAAAUCUGCUACUGCGAGGCGAAUGUGGAAAGGAUAGAAGAGAAAGAAAGUAUAUUUCUGCCAUUUGGUGAACCUUUACUGUUUUGAACACCAGCGUUUGUGAUUUGCGUGUAAGGUUCAGCGAGCAAAGAGCAAAAGUAGAGAGGAAAAAAGAAAUAAAGAAAAAAAUCAGCAAUGCCUAUAAGGCAAAUGAAAGAGAGCUCAGAGCAGCACUUGGUGAUAAAAACCCACUUGCAGAACACAAUGAACCAACCUCAAAAACACCAUAAAACCCCUCAAAAUGGCAAGGGACCGCCAUCUCAGGAAACCCACAGCAAGAGCCAGACCUCACCCCCAACAAAAAACAGGGGAAGAAGAAGAAACAGAGGUGGUAGAAAGUCUGAUCAAGGAGAUGUCUGUAUGAGACCCAGUUCAAGGCCAUGUACUGUGGCGCAUAAGCCCGUGAAUCCAGCAGGUAAUCCCUUGGCAAGAGCUCCAAAUGGGUCCGUUAGAAAUGCUGGAAAUAUUUGUGAAAUGGAGAUGGGUUUGGGGUUCCCUACUUCUAGCAAGUCUUUGAGUUUUGCUCCUAGGCCUGGUUAUGGUCAGCUGGGGACAAAGUGUAUUGUUAAGGCCAACCACUUCUUUGCAGAGUUACCAGACAAGGACUUGAACCACUAUGAUGUUACCAUAACUCCUGAAGUGGCAUCAAGAGCUAAAAACAGAGCUAUCAUGGCGGAGCUGGUGAGGCUUUACAAAGAAUCUGACUUGGGAAGGAGACUUCCUGCUUACGAUGGCAGAAAGAGUCUGUAUACUGCUGGUGAACUUCCCUUUGCUUGGAAGGAGUUCGUGAUUAAACUUGUUGAUGAAGAAGAUGGAAUAAAUGGUCCCAAGAGGGAAAGAGAGUACAAAGUGGUGAUCAAGUUUGUAGCAAGGGCCAAUAUGCAUCACUUGGGUCAAUUUUUAGCUGGUAAACGUGCUGAUGCUCCACAGGAGGCUUUACAAAUUCUUGACAUUGUGCUGAGGGAGCUCUCAACAAAGAGGUACUGCCCCAUUGGAAGAUCCUUCUUUUCACCGGAUAUUAGAGCACCACAACGACUUGGUGAUGGCUUGGAGUCCUGGUGUGGGUUUUACCAGAGUAUAAGGCCUACACAAAUGGGCCUAUCCUUGAAUAUUGAUAUGGCUUCAGCUGCAUUCAUUGAGCCUCUCCCAGUAAUUGAGUUUGUUGCACAGCUUCUGGGCAAGGAUGUAUUAUCAAGGCCAUUAUGUGAUUCCGAUAGAAUCAAGAUUAAGAAGGCCCUCAGAGGAGUAAAAGUUGAAGUAACUCAUAGAGGGAAUAUACGGAGAAAGUAUCGUGUCUCAGGAUUGACAUCUCAACCUACAAGAGAACUUGUAUUUCCUGUUGAUGAUAACUCAACUAUGAAGUCAGUAGUUGAAUAUUUCCAAGAGAUGUAUGGAUUCACCAUUCAACAUACGCAUCUACCUUGCCUUCAAGUAGGAAACCAGAAGAAGGCGAACUAUCUACCUAUGGAGGCUUGCAAAAUUGUGGAGGGCCAACGAUAUACGAAAAGGUUGAAUGAGAGACAAAUUACUGCCCUGUUGAAAGUUACAUGCCAAAGGCCAAGGGAUCGAGAAAAUGACAUUUUGCAGACAGUUCAGCAUAAUGCUUAUGAUCAUGAUCCUUUUGCAAAGGAGUUUGGGAUCAAAAUCAGUGAAAAGCUAGCUUCUGUUGAGGCUCGAAUUCUCCCUGCUCCCUGGCUGAAAUAUCAUGAAACUGGAAAGGAAAAGGACUGCUUGCCACAAGUUGGCCAAUGGAACAUGAUGAAUAAGAAAAUGAUUAAUGGAAUGACUGUGAGCCGAUGGUCAUGUAUCAACUUUUCAAGAAGUGUUCAAGAAAGUGUUGCUCGGGGGUUUUGCAAUGAGCUUGCUCAGAUGUGCCAAGUAUCUGGCAUGGAAUUCAAUCCAGAGCCUGUUAUUCCAAUCUAUAAUGCCAGGCCUGAUCAAGUAGAAAAAGCUUUGAAGCAUGUUUAUCAUGCUUCCAUGAACAAAACCAAAGGAAAAGAAUUGGAGCUUUUAUUAGCUAUUCUACCUGACAAUAAUGGAUCCCUAUAUGGGGAUCUUAAGCGGAUAUGUGAAACUGAUCUUGGUUUAAUAUCACAAUGCUGUCUUACUAAACAUGUUUUCAAAAUCAGCAAGCAGUAUUUGGCUAAUGUAUCACUGAAGAUUAAUGUUAAGAUGGGUGGUAGAAACACUGUCCUUUUAGAUGCCAUUAGCUGCAGAAUACCAUUGGUUAGUGACAUACCAACUAUUAUAUUUGGAGCAGAUGUAACUCACCCAGAGAAUGGGGAGGACUCAAGCCCCUCCAUUGCAGCUGUGGUAGCUUCUCAGGACUGGCCUGAAGUGACAAAAUAUGCUGGAUUGGUUUGUGCUCAAGCUCACAGACAAGAACUCAUACAAGACUUGUACAAAACAUGGCAAGAUCCAGUUCGUGGAACUGUUAGUGGUGGCAUGAUCAGAGAUCUUCUAGUUUCCUUUCGGAAGGCAACAGGACAAAAGCCACUAAGGAUUAUAUUUUACAGGGAUGGUGUUAGUGAAGGGCAAUUUUAUCAAGUUUUGCUUUAUGAAUUGGAUGCAAUCCGGAAGGCUUGUGCUUCUCUAGAACCAAACUAUCAACCACCUGUGACUUUCAUAGUUGUACAAAAACGACACCAUACUCGAUUAUUUGCUAACAACCACAGGGAUAGAAGUAGCAUAGAUAAGAGUGGAAACAUAUUACCCGGCACUGUGGUUGAUUCGAAAAUCUGCCAUCCAACAGAGUUUGAUUUUUAUCUCUGCAGUCAUGCAGGUAUUCAGGGGACAAGUCGGCCUGCUCACUACCAUGUUCUGUGGGAUGAGAACAACUUCACUGCUGACGGAAUCCAGUCAUUGACGAACAAUUUAUGUUACACAUAUGCAAGAUGCACUCGCUCUGUUUCUGUUGUUCCUCCUGCAUAUUACGCACAUUUAGCUGCUUUUCGUGCCCGAUUUUACACGGAGCCAGAAAUGCAGGAAAAUGGCUCCAGCGGUGGGGGCUCAGGAUAUGGCACCAAGGGAGCAAGAGCAGGAGAAACAGGAGUCCGGCCAUUGCCUGCCUUGAAGGAAAAUGUGAAGAGAGUAAUGUUUUACUGUUAAAGACCAUGGAGGGAGGUUGGUGGUAGAGCUGCAAGCAGGGAGAUAACAGUGGUAGAAAAAUUUCCCUUGUACAUGUAACAUGAAACAUCCAUGAUUGCAGAUCUUCCAUUAGAUCAUUGAUCAGAAGUGCAAAGCUUUAGUCCUGGUUCCUAGAAAUCAGAUAAAAAAAGUAGGAGAAACACCCAAAUCAUAGGUGAUAUUUGUAGUCCUCCUGAGUAAACCGUUUAUACAUCUUGGAAGAAUGUCAAAUUGGGUCUUGUAAAGAAAUGUUUAUUUAUGAUCAAUCUAUAUAUGCAGGAAAUUUUGCCUCA